AUGCAAAUGACACUCCAACGAGUGCUGCCAUGUCUAGGAUCUGGGCUUUCUUUGUGUGUCUUCGUCACUGUGUCAUGUGCCAGGAUUACAGAGGAUGCUCUGGAAUGGGAGUGCACAUUCACCCCCAACAUCAACCCCUGUUCAUCGCAGCUGAUUGGGCAGGCUCAACUGCCAGAGAAUUUUCUGGAGCGUCAGCAGUAUUUCGAAAACAUGCAGAGGGAGAAGCAGAGGAUUCUGCAAACAGAGAUGGAGGACAGGGAGUGCAGUUUCCGACCAAACACCGGGAAUGCAUGUGAGGUGCUGGCAGGAAGCAAACUUGCCGACCGAUUAUAUGAGAGUGCUGAGGAGCGUGUGGAAAGGCUGGCUUUCAAAGAUCAAGACUCCAGGCAAUGGUCGAGGGACGCCUUGAGUCACCACCACUAUGCGCAAUUCACUUUCAAGCCGCAAAUAAACAGCAGAUCCAAGAAAAUUGGACAGGACAAGACAAUAGAGGAACUGCAUAGGUGUGCCAACCAUAGGCUAUGCGUAGAGAGGGCAAAGAGGGCUGCGCAGGAGCAAUUCUUCAAGGAAUGCAGCUUCAAGCCAGACACAAGCCUGACGAGAGCAAAGAGCUGCAGACUUCUGGCUUCCCAACAAUUGGCGCAAGGGCCUCCUGUGGAGCUUCUGCAGCGGGUUGUGCGCUACAGGAAGCGGAAAGAGCAGCGGCUGGCCGAAAUUCGGGAUGCUCAAGAAAGGCGAGAAGCGAUGGAAUGCACAUUUGAACCUGAAGUUCGCCGAGACGUCCCCAACCAGCAGGUGAUUGUCACGUGCGGUGUCGUGGAUAAUGUGCUGGUAUCGUAA